AUGUCAAGUUAUAUUGGUUCCAAAAGGCCAUCCACCUUUGACUCAGGAGACACAUCAAUAACGUCGACGUUCUGGAAGGCCAAAAACAAACCUGACCUGCCACUUUACAAAGACAAGCCCAAAAGCGCGACGGGAUUUCUGACUACCCAUAGAAAAAGAAUGGUUUUCAAGCUUUUCCUGCUCUCGAUUGCUCUCUAUCUGUUACAUUAUACUUACUCUCUCAUCUCCUCCACAGCCGCAGUGGAUCCGUUGACGUCGAAAGAACUGUGGCAGAACAGAAGAGAUGAAGUUAAGAAGGUAUUCCAGGAAUCCUGGAAGGACUACGAGAAGCACGGUUGGGGCAAUGAUGUCUACCAUCCAAUCAAGCAAACAGGCAAAGACAUGGGGUCAAAGCCCUUGGGCUGGAUCAUAGUAGAUUCUCUGGACACUCUGAUGCUUAUGGAUCUAAAAGAAGAACUGCAUGAGGCUCGGAGUUGGGUUAAGAAUGAGUUGACCUACGAUUUUGACUACGACGUGAACGUUUUCGAGACCACAAUUCGCAUGCUCGGAGGAUUGCUCUCUGCCUUUUACCUUUCACAAGAUGAGAUGUAUCUAGACAAGGCAGUGAACCUGGGAAACAAGAUCAUUGGUGCUUUUGAUUCACCCUCUGGGAUCCCAUAUGCCUCAGUUAAUCUCCAAACGGGUAAAGGUAUCGAGAGUCAUGUGGACAGAGGUGCGAGUUCCACUGCCGAAGUGGCCACUUUACAACUGGAGUUCAAAUAUCUUGCCAAACUAACCGGUGAGAACUUGUAUUGGGAGAAGGUUGAGAAGGUGAUGGAGGUAUUGGAUUCCAACCAGCCAGUCGAUGGUUUGGUGCCCAUUUACGUGCACCCAAAGACUGGCAAGUACCAGGACAGGCUGAUCAGAUUGGGUUCGCGUGGUGAUUCGUAUUAUGAGUAUCUCUUGAAGCAGUAUCUGCAAACCAGUUCUGAGGAGGGUGUCUACUUGGAUAUGUAUAGGGAAGCUGUCAAGGGCAUUAAGACCCAUCUCAUCAACAAGUCUCUUCCAAAUGGCCUCACAUAUAUUGGCGAAUUGCCUACAGGCAUUGGUGGUGAUCUUUCUCCUAAGAUGGACCAUUUGGUGUGUUUUGUUGGUGGAUUGUUUGCGUUGGGUGCCACCUCUGGUGAGGAUGUCUCAAUAGCAAGAAAGGCUUCCGGCUGGAGUGCUGAGAAGGAAGAGGAUUUCUCGCUUGGGAGAGAAAUCGCGCGUACUUGUUACAAGAUGUACCAUGAUGUUGAGGGCACUGGGCUGGCGCCUGAGAUUGUGGUUUUCAAUUCUGACCAGAAGAACCAGCACGAUUUUUUCAUCAAGCCCCUGGAUAAGCACAAUCUACAGCGGCCAGAAACGGUGGAAACGCUUUAUUACAUGUACCGCAUGACCAAAGAUCCAAUAUACAGGGACUGGGGUUGGGAGAUCUUCCAAAACUUUGUCAAGCACACCAAGGUCACUUCUGGUGGAAAGGACAAUGCUCCUCGUUACACCUCUCUAGAUGAUGUGACCUCUGUGCCCCCGAAGAAGAGAGAUAACAUGGAAUCGUUCUGGUUGGCUGAAACUUUGAAAUACCUGUACUUGCUGUUUGAUGAUUCUGAUAACCCCAAAUGGGAUAUCAAAAACGUUGUUUACAACACCGAAGCACAUCCACUUCCUAAGUUUGAGAUGUCGGUGCUGUUCAAAACAGGGUGGGUAAGAUCAAAGCUUGGCGAGGAUGAAGCCCAGGCCAAGAAGAAAGAAACGAUAAAGGAUGCAGAGAAGAAGCCAUCGAAAGAGAAGCCGGUGAUCCAAGCAGAUAGGUCAAGUAAUGACAAGCAAGAUCCACAGAUCAAGGACGAAGCGGAACCAGAUCUCCAUAAGGCGAUUGGUGGCAUGAACGAUAAGUCCAACGAUGUUCUUGAUCCUCUUCCCCUCAAGGGUACCAGCAACGAGCAGUCAAUGGAGAACUUCAAAAAAGACGGAAAGGCCAGGGAGCCAGAGUUACCCAAGGCUCAACCGAUCUCUCCGUCUGUGGAUAAGCAGCAAACCGAAGAGUUGCUAUCUCAAAACUUGGAAGAUGAUACCGGUGCUAUGCUCAAAGACAAAGUUCAAAAGCUUGUUGAUAGGAAAAAUGAUGACGAACUUGAAGAUAUUCUGUUUGGUAAAGACAAAGAAUCUGUCAUUGAGAAGCAACUACCUCCCAAGUCCGAAGUUGAGAAAGGUGGAACUAUUCCAGAGGCAAAAAAGCCAUCAAAGCCUUUACAUGCUCAAUUGGCAGAAGUCGAAGAUAAAGUGAAAAACAAUGAUGCUGGAUUGAAAGCGAAAAUGGAGAAUGAUCUACUGGCUGAUGCUGCCCAGAACUAG